AUUUUAACAAUCCAGAGUAUCACAUCAGCGAGUUCAACUGAAGAUUCAACAACUCCGAGUAUCUGUAUACCUACCAGGACGCAACGUAGCGAGUAAGGAUGCAGGUGUAUUUAUUGUAUUGCAUAACAGUGUAUCUGUGUGUCUACCAUGUUAUGGGGGCAAAACUGGACAAUAAGGAGUCAGUGCAAAAACGUGCAGAACGGGACAGUCUGUUAUGUUUCGAAGACUCACAAUCUAAUGUAAGAAUUACUACACCUGUGCCAAAACUAACUGAAUUCACUUUCUGUCUAACGAUGAGCACGACUAGCACCAAUCCUGGUACCAUGGUCUCUUAUGCAGUACCUGGCACCGAUAACGAGAUAAAUUUGUACAACUCUGGUUAUUUGAAAUUACUCAUCAAUGGUGUUUAUAGAGAGACAAGUGGCGUUGCAGUCAAUGAUGGUGUGUGCCAUUUCAUCUGCUUCACUUGGACAUCAGUGACAGGUCGCUUUGAGAUAUUCGUGGAUGGAGUGUUAGCUGCAUCUGGAACACUAUCCAUAGGAACACCGAUUCAGGGUGGUGGUGUUCUAGUACUGGGUCAAGAUCAAGACGUCGUUGGUGGGGGGUUUCAGGAUUUUCAAGCGUUUAUAGGAAAAAUGACGAAAUUCAACCUGUGGAAUCGUGUGCUUACAAACCAAGAAAUUAUUCAAAAGCCUGACUAUGGCAAUAUUUAUUCAUGGGACUUUUCAACCCUUUUGAUGCAAGGAACUGAGAAAAUCAGAAAUGUGGAUAUAUGCUCUGGCGCUGUUACAUGUGAUCCCCAUUUCACCACAUUGGAUGGGCGUCAUUACAGUCAUCAAGGCGUCUGCUGGUACACCCUGGUGAAAGACAGCUCUAAUCCUAAACCAGAUUUCGAAAUCACUGCUAAGUUUGAACCAAGAGAAGAUCAUCCUAAUGGAGAAAUCAGAACUCGAGUGGUAGCUAUGAAUGUAACUGUAGGCGAUGACCAUGCUGAAGUGGACCGACUUGACGUAGUUUCUAAACAUGCAAAGGGAACACUGUCCAAGAUACAUAUCAUUCAAUCUGAUGAAAAUGUCUUACUAAGUUUCACACUCAAAGAUACUACUUUCAAGAUUGAUUGGACAUUACGAAGACACAUAUUCAGCAUUGAUAUAUCUGGUCUUGAUUAUCAAGAUAAGCUUUGUGGAUUAUUGGGUAAUUACAAUGGUGAUAGCCAUGAUGACUUUCAGAAACCUGACGGUACUAUGGCUAAUGACGCUGUUGAAUUUGGUGAGAGUUGGAAAGUGCCAGGAAUCGAAUGUGAGUAAGCGUAUUCUGGAAAUUUGAGGACAUUUUUAAUGGUUUCAAUUAAUAUAAUGGUAUUGGCGUUUAACUUAUUUACGUAGCUCUAUCUCCUAUCCCACAAUUCUUCGAUAUCAUUACUGAUGUUCUUGUAAAAAUUAUUCUGGGGUCGAAUUAUGACACUUGAUACCACUAGUUUCAUAGUUUUUCGUUAAAUAUAACUCACAGUGACGGGUUUCUUUCUUUAUGUGCUGAUAAUAAUUAAACACAAUAGUUGUAUUUAGGUUAUAUAAAUGGACACAUUGGGAA